GCAUUCUGGGAGCUGUAGUUUAGUUCUCACCUGACAGCCUUACGCUGCCUGAUGGGUCGGUAGAUGCUAGAUUCAACCGUCCCUAAUAAUCCUGGCACAUCUGUAGCCUCCUCCUGUUUUUUCAUAUGACUAGAAUAAGUGAGAUACAGUAUAAUGGAGAGGCCUGAUGCUCACCAUCCGGAUGUGCAUCUCUAGCAAUCAGCUUCCUGCCCAGGACAAAGAAUACAGACAACAUUGCUGGGAAUAUCCCAACACACUGAGGGAAGAGUCUUGUGUAAAUUAUCAGACUGACUCAUUGGGAUGGAGAAGCACAGAAAUUACAGGACGGAGAGGAUACUGAGUCUCACACUGGAGAUCAUCUACCUGCUGACCGGAGAGGAUUACACCGUUGUGAAAAAAACAUCUGGUGAGUGUGUCCCCAUCUGUCCACGCGUGACAGGAGGAGUCUGCAUGACCCAAAGGCCCAUCCUGGAUCCUCCGAUAAAGGAGAGAGACAGUGACCAGAAGAUUCUAGAAGUCAUAAACCGGAUCAUUCAGCUGCUGACUAGAGAGGAGUGGGAGUAUGUAGAAGGACACGGAGACCUGUACAUGGAUGGAGUAAUGAGGAAUCGAAAUCCUGAUGGACCCCUGGGUUUCACUCAGACUAAAACGGCCUCCGCAGGAUUACACGGUUCUUUUCCUUCCCCAGGUUGUAUAAGUGAGGAUCCCGGCAUAGAGAUACACCACCGGGACGCUGAUCGCACACAUGUACAGCAGUCAUCUACUUCUGUCAAAGCAGAGUCUGACUCUUGCCAGGCAGGGACUGUCCAAGAUCCUGACACUCAUACACCCCCAGGUCACACACAGGCACAGCAUCUAUCCAGUCACAUUAAGGAGGAAGCCACUGCAUCUAAAGACAAGGCUUUGACAGGCGAGGACAUAUACACACCAACCGAGUAUACACAGCCGCGCUCUACUGAUGGUCACAUUAAGGAGGUAUCUGAAUCAUCUGAAGAGGAGAUUCCCCUAGAUUCUGACAGCUGUACACCCACUGAUCAUAGCCCGAUACAGUACACAGAUCAUAGCCCAAUACAGUAUACCACGGUACAUAUUAAAGAGGAAUCUGACUGGUGUGAAGAAGGAAAUCUCCCAGAUGCUGACAGUUACACACGCCCCGGCCACACGCAAUACACAGUGCCUCCUCCUGGGAUGAACAGCAGAAACAACCAGAGACUUCAGGUAGGAGAGAAACCAUUUAUGUGCUCUAUGUGUGGGAAGUGCUUUAACAGUAAGUCAAAUUUUGUUAGACAUCAGAAGACUCAUACAGGGGAGAGAAUAUACUCCUGCUCCCAGUGCGGGAAGCGCUUCAGCAUUAAGUCGCAUCUUGCUAACCAUGAGAAAAUCCACUCCGGGGAUAAGCCCUACUCCUGUGCUGAGUGCGGGAAGAGUUUCGUCGUGAAAUCCAAUCUUGCUACUCAUCAGAAAAUCCACACGGGAGAGAGACCCCAUUCCUGCAUUGAGUGCGGGAAAUGUUUUACCAGCAACAAAGACCUUAUAAUACACAACAGGACUCACACCGGGGAAAAGCCCUAUUCCUGCUCAGAGUGUGGGAAAUGUUUUAACACAAAAUCAAAUCUGGUUACACAUCAGAAAAUCCACACGGGAGAGAGACCCCAUUGUUGUGCUGAAUGUGGGAAAUGUUUUAUCAGUAACUCCAAGCUAGUGAUCCACCAGAAGAAUCACACAGGAGAUAAACCGUUCGCCUGCCCCGAUUGCGGGAAAUGUUUUACCGUCAGAUCCUGUCUCGUCUCGCAUCAGAAAAUUCACUCCGGGAACAAACCGUAUUCCUGCGCAGAGUGCAAGAAGCGUUUCAUCAGCAGCUCAGAUCUCAACAGGCAUCAGCGGAUUCACACGGGAGAGAAACCGUUUUCCUGUACUGAAUGUGGGAAAUGUUUCGCCCAGAAGUCACAAGCGUUUCGUCAUCAGAAAAUUCACAAAAGAUAUUAAGUGUAUGCAGAAUGCGUGUAUAUCAAAUACAUGCUGUACAGUUGUCCUUAUAUAAAUCCAUAGAUUCUGUAAUCCAUAUGUGUAAUAUUUAAUUUAUGCAUUUCCUGUUUAUUGGUCGCUGAAAAAAACACUGCUUUCCAUUAACUUCAGAGUAUGGAUCAUUAGUGGAAUGUUUGCUUUAUUUGAACAGUGUUUUUUUUACUGUGUGUUGCAUGGUAUCCGGUCUUUAGGUCGACCACUAUUGGUCGACAUGGUCACUAGGUCGAUAUGGCAAAGGUCGAGGUGACUUUUUCAAAUUUCUUUUCAUUUUUUUUACUUUUUGAUACUUUACGAUCCACGUGGACUACGAUUGGGAAUAGUAACCUGCGCUGAGCGAUGCACCUUGCCCGAAGCAUGGCGAGCAAAGCGAACUAUGCGAGGGGACGCGGUGCACUUAUUGGGGUUCCCGGUCACUUUACAUAGAAAACGACAGCAAAAAAAUAUAAAAGAACUAAAGUCAACUUUUUUCCAUGUCAACCUAGUCACUGUCGACCUAAUGACUGUCGACCUAGUUACUGUCGACCCAUUGAUCCACACCCGUGUUACAUACAGUAGUUUAGAGCAAAAGAUCUGGGUUUUAUGAACUCUAGUCCUUUCCCAACAGAUCAUGUUCCGUGGAUUCCUUUAAUCAUGCAGAGGUGAGUUUAUCUAUUUUGCUGGGCCACUAACUACACCACCUGCUUCCACAGACCGAAAUCCUGAAAACAUGACCUUUCAGGAAAACUUGAGGGUGGAGUUUGAGAACCACUGAGUUCGUUUAAUGGAGCAACAUCCGGGAGAUCAAGUACAUGUACAUUAGGGUUGCCAGAUCAUCCCUACAAUAAGGGACACAUGAAUUACACAGGUUCUGUAGCCGAUAUAAAAUGGAGACUGCCAGCCAGCCGCAUAAUCUCUGUAAUUCAUAUGUCUCUUAUUAAAGGGAUGAACUGGUAACCCUACGUAAAUGAGCAAAGUAAAUUGAAAUGAAUUAUAAUGAAAGCCUCCAGCAAUGUUGUCACUAAUGCCCAGAUUUAUCAAGCCUUAGAGAGUGAUAAAUAGCACGGUGAUAAAGUAUCAACCCACCAGCUCCUAUCAUUUUUCAAACACAGCCUGUAACAUGACAGCUAGGAGGUGAUUGGUUGGUACUUUAUCAUCGUGCUAUUUAUCACUCUCCAAGGCUUGACAAAAUGUGGGCAUAAAUCUGAGAAAUGUACCAAUAGCCAGUGUUUUAUUAAGGGGCCCAUUUAUGAACGAGUGAUAAAACUUGUUGCGAAUACUAG